AACUCGUACGCCGAGGGAGAUCGAGAGAUCCAUCUCUGCUGUAGUUUCAGAAUGGCUCAGCCUCUGGUGAAGAAGGACGAUGAUCGCGAUGACGAAAUGGACUACUCCCCAUUUCUGGGGAUUGAGAAGGGGGCUGUUCUUCAGGAAGCUAGGGUUUUCAAUGAUCCUCAAUUGGAUGCACGGAGAUGCUCACAAGUCAUUACGAAGCUUCUGUAUCUUCUGAAUCAGGGAGAGUCGUUUACAAAGGCUGAGGCUACAGGAGUCUUCUUUGCUGUCACAAAACUCUUUCAGUCAAAGGAUAUUGGUCUCAGGAGAAUGGUGUACCUGAUAAUUAAAGAGCUUUCUCCCUCCGCAGACGAGGUCAUCAUUGUUACGAGCUCUCUUAUGAAGGACAUGAAUAGCAGAACUGAUAUGUAUCGGGCAAAUGCUAUUCGUGUCCUUUGUCGAAUCACGGAUGGGACACUUCUCACCCAAAUAGAGAGAUACUUGAAACAAGCCAUUGUUGACAAAAACCCUGUUGUUGCAAGUGCUGCUCUUGUGAGUGGAAUCCAUUUGCUUCAGACAAAUCCAGAAAUUGUGAAAAGAUGGAGCAAUGAGGUACAGGAAGCUGUUCAAUCAAGGGCAGCUCUUGUUCAGUUCCAUGCACUGGCCCUGCUGCACCAGAUUCGACAAAAUGACCGUUUAGCUGUUAGCAAGCUAGUUACCAGUUUGACAAAAGGGAGUGUCCGCUCACCUCUAGCUCAAUGCCUUUUGAUCCGUUAUACUAGUCAGGUUAUAAGAGAAUCUGGCAUUAGCCAAACAGGAGAUCGUCCAUUCUAUGACUAUUUAGAGAGUUGCCUUCGUCACAAAGCUGAAAUGGUUAUUUUUGAAGCAGCCAGGGCAAUCACAGAGCUUAGUGGCGUGACUAGUCGAGAAUUAACUCCUGCUAUUACUGUUCUACAGCUCUUUUUGAGCUCUUCUAAGCCAGUUCUUAGGUUUGCUGCUGUCCGCACUUUGAAUAAGGUGGCAAUGACACAUCCUAUGGCUGUGACAAAUUGCAACAUUGAUAUGGAGAGCUUGAUUUCUGAUCAAAAUAGGAGCAUUGCAACUUUGGCCAUCACAACUCUACUCAAGACCGGGAAUGAAUCAAGCGUUGAUCGUCUAAUGAAGCAGAUUACUAACUUCAUGUCGGACAUUGCUGAUGAGUUUAAGAUAGUGGUGGUGGAAGCGAUUAGAUCAUUGUGUUUGAAAUUCCCCCUUAAGUAUAGAUCUUUGAUGAAUUUCUUGAGCAAUAUUUUGAGGGAAGAAGGUGGCUUUGAGUACAAGAAGGCUAUUGUUGAUUCAAUUGUGAUCCUGAUUAGAGAUAUCCCAGAUGCCAAAGAAGGUGGGCUGCUUCACUUGUGUGAAUUCAUUGAGGACUGUGAAUUCACGUAUCUUUCUACGCAGAUACUACAUUUUCUUGGAAAUGAAGGACCUAAGACCUCUGACCCCAGUAAGUACAUACGAUACAUAUAUAAUCGGGUGAUACUUGAAAAUGCAACAGUUCGGGCCAGUGCAGUGAGCACCUUAGCGAAGUUUGGUGCCUUGGUUGAUUCAUUAAAGCCUCGUAUAUUUGUGCUGUUGAAACGUUGUCUGUUUGACAGUGAUGAUGAGGUUCGUGACCGUGCAACACUUUACUUGAAUACCCUUGGAGGUGAUGGUGCAGUUGUUGAAACUGAUGAAGAGGUGAAAGAGUUCCUUUUUGGUUCACUCGGUGUCCCUCUAACCAAUCUGGAAACAAGUUUGAAGAACUAUGAACCCUCGGAGGAGCCAUUUGACAUUCAUUCUGUACCUAAGGAAGUCAAAUCUCAACCCUUGUCAGAGAAGAAAGCACCCGGUAAAAAGCCAACCGGUUUGGCUGCUCCUCCUGUGGCUUCCACUUCCACUGUUGAUGCGUAUGAAAGGUUACUGUCCUCUAUUCCAGAAUUUGCCAGUUAUGGAAAGCUUUUCAAGUCAUCUGCACCAGUGGAGCUUACAGAAGCUGAAACAGAAUAUGCAGUUAACGUUGUCAAGCACAUUUUUGACAAUCAUAUCGUGUUCCAGUACAACUGCACCAACACUAUUCCUGAGCAAUUGCUGGAGAAUGUCACUGUUAUAGUAGAUGCUUCUGAAGCAGAGGAAUUUUCUGAAGUAGCAUCCAAACCUCUCAAGUCCCUGCCAUAUGAUACCCCAGGGCAAACAUUUGUGGCUUUCGAGAAACCAGAAGGAGUCCCUGCUGUUGGGAAAUUCUCAAACACGUUGAGGUUCAUUGUUAAAGAGGUUGAUCCAUCUACUGGUGAGGCUGAAGACGAUGGUGUCGAAGACGAAUACCAGCUAGAAGACCUUGAGGUUGUUUCAGCAGAUUAUGUGCUAAAAGUAGGAGUAUCCAACUUUAGGAAUGCCUGGGAGAGUUUGGGACCAGAUUGUGAAAAGGUAGAUGAAUAUGGUCUUGGACCAAGGGAAAGCCUGGCUGAAGCUGUAAAUACAGUCAUCGACCUACUUGGCAUGCAACCUUGCGAGGGCACUGAGGUGGUCCCAAGCAAUUCAAGAUCGCACACAUGUUUAUUAUCUGGUGUUUACAUUGGUGGUGUAAAGGUUCUUGUUCGGUUGUCAUUUGGAGUCGAUGGGCCAAAGGAGGUUGCAAUGAAACUGGCUGUUAGGUCAGAAGAUAUAUCUGUCAGUGAUGCAAUUCAUGAAAUUGUUGCAAGUGGCUAAACUUUGUUAGAUGGGCUGAAGACUAGUAGUCCUCGUCAUGGCAAAACGGAAAGCUAUUUUUUCUUUUUCUUUUGUGUACUUAGUAAACUUGGUCUGUCAGAAGUGCGAGACAUUUUUCAAGGAGUCAGUCCGCUUAGGGAAUUCGACCACUAAAAUUGUCUUUUCCUUCCUUUUUUUUUGAUGCAUUUUUCGUUUGUUUAAAGCAAAGAGUCGAUAGUCUAGUAGUUACCCAAACCUGCUCCGUAUAUUUUGCAUAUUGUCAAAGUGAUCUUUCAGGUACUUCGUGAUUGUUGUAUUCAUUCUAAAUUUUGCGAUCAAGAUAGUUCAUUCUUAGUGAUUGUACAAGUAAUACUAAGACUGGCACUAUUUUGGUUUGAA